AUGAAACUCACAAAGAAUGAUGAUGACAACAACAAAUCUGAUACAAAUUUGCACGGCAGAGUUGUGAAUGGAGCUAAUGAACUUGCAGCUUCUGUUGAUAAAACAGACCAACAAAAUCAAGACAAAAAACCAGUUGAGAAGAAGAGUGGGGCAUAUAUGGUAGAAGAAGAGCAACAAACUGAAGAAUAUGAGUUCUUCAAUAACGGAUAUACAAAUUUCGAUGCUGAAAUGUUUAGUAACGAAAACGAAGACUCAAACAUAGUCUAUCAACAUGAAAGCUUAAACGAAAAGCUUGAAUUAUUGAACUUGAAGAAUGGAUAUAAUGUUGCACCUGGGAUAGAUCCUUUAUCGAGGAAUCCGACAGUAAGGCGUUCGCUGUUUACGAAUCCGGGUGAAAUGGAUUUAUUCUCUGGAGAAGAUAAGCUAACAAGAAGAGUCAGGUUGCAAGUUUUUCAAGAUUUUACUUCCUCAUCCUGA